GUGUUUGUCUGUCUGUUAUCUAGCCUGGUUAUGAGCGAUAACGUGUGCAGGUAGAGUGCUCCUCGACGCGACCCCAGCCCGUGAACGCAAGCAGUGUGGCACCAGGCAGUGUCGUGAGUGAUACUGAGACAUCCUGACGUGCCGACCGAGCUGCGAACAUGUCUUAAUGAAUCACCGGCAUGAGCUGACGUGACGUGACGUGAAGUUCAUGUCUGCUGCAGAGUAAGAGACGCGAGUGUAUGCGUGUUUGGGUGUUACUCGCACGUGACUUCUUGCUCGGAUUCCACGUGUCUCGGCGGAUGGAACGUGACGGGACCCGAUGACCAAGACAGGCACGUGAACCCCCGUGACCUUGUCGUGACCCUAGAUUGCGUUAACGGGGAAGAACGAUUCGAAUCUAAACAGAGAAGAAGGUCACGCCGAGAGACAAGGACGAUAAAAAGAUAGACGCACAAAGAGAAAAUCAGGCAUAAAAGUCAAGAAUAAUGCAAAACAGAACCAAACGCCUUGACGUGGUGUGAGUCCCCUUGGAGGAAGCCUCGUCAUCCCCCCUACCCCUUCUUCGGCCUCCUAAAACACAUCGGAGCGAAGGAUUGAAGGAUUCCUCGCCGCCAUGACCACGAGCUGCGCCUAUUCGAGGACUAUGUUCCUGCAGCGACUCCAGUUCUGGGAGGACACCCCCAGACGGAGGCGGCGCCGAACGCCCUUGUCGCCGGUGGGCGGAGGUCUGCCCUCGGUGGCGGCCGCUGAGCCCCUCAAGACCCCCGAGGUGGUGCGACAUGUGGUUUCGCGCCUCACGCCCCCGCCCAGCCCUCCCGCCUCCAGCCAGCCCCUCUCCAGUCCUUCCGGCCAGCCCUCUCCGCCCGCGGCCCGCAGGCACCCCUCCCCCCAGCCCCUUCAGGUGCCUCCCCCCAACACCUUCCAGCCCAUCCAGCCCGCCCAGCCUGCCCUGGGUAGUCCUCAGGGAACGCAGUCCGCGCCCUCCACCCUCGACUCACGCCACAACCGCCACGCCCACCAGCAGGUUCUCUUCGGCGCGAGCGUGACCGGCGACGUCUCGAGCGCGCGCCGGGUGAGUGCUUCCUCGGAGAACGAGGAGGGCCUCAGCACACGGAAGGUUCCGCCCAAACUAGCGCCGCUGAGGAAACCCGAUAUUCCCGACGUCCUUCGCCCCAAAGACAACACGUCCUUAGCGUCCCCCGGCGUGGUCAGCACCCCGCCCACAUCCCGCCCGUCCUCCGUAGUGCUGGACAAGCCGCCCCUCGCCCCCGAGGGACUCCGACCCGCGGCUCUUCGCUCGUCCCUGAGGAAGCCGUCUGACACCGGCACCUGCUUCCUCGCGGCGCGGAGGGAGAAGCGGGACGAGACCACGAACGGCGCCGCGACCGGGCCCAAGAGCGACCUUUUCCGGGAGCAGCAGAAGCCCAAGAAGGGCGACCGCCUCUCCAAGUCCGACAUGAACCUCAAGAUUGACAGCAACAGUGGGGGGAGAGCGGGUGACAUCUCUACUCCCACGGGUACAUCAGACGCGGAGGGUGGCGAAGCCUCGUCGCCGCCCCUGGCCUCCCCCUCCCUACCAAACGCGGAGGUGAUGAGUUCGAGACUGGAGGCCCUUACGGCACGUGCCAGGGAUGCCAUGGAUCGAGCGGACCGCCUGUCAGAGGACGCAGCCGUCACCCCCGAGAGUGCUGACACGAUGGUUCACGAGUGCGAGCAGUACCUGACCACUGUGACAUCCUCGGGCAGGAGGGAGUCGCCGGGCACCUCGCGUCGUCGAGACCUGGGCGCCGCAGGCAUGGAAGCGGCUAGCGAAAGGGCUCAGCCUUCGCCAGCUGCCGUCACGGGUGUUCUUUCUGACACUGGCCAGAAAAACUGGGUCGGGGGCUCUGAAGGGCGUGGUAAAGAAAGUAAGCGGAUGGCUAAUGAAAAGGAAGUGAAGAAGAAGGAGACAAAGAGAGAAAGCCAAGCGGCGUCAGGGGUCGAGAGAAUCCCCGGCGCCCCCGCUGGACCUUCAGGGCCCCCGGAUUAUGUUGCCUUCAUGGACGAAAGUGUCUCUCCGCCGCCAGAGGAAGUUGUGCUUGGUCUCCAGCACCGUCAUCUCGAGGAUGAAGAGGAUGAGGGAUCCGACACUUCUCCCCUCAGAAGCCCCGAGCACCGAGGCAGCGGCAGGUGCAGGCCGCGCCGCUGCUCCCUGGAUGGGGAUUCCCCGCGCACAAACUCCCCGGAGGCGAGCCGAAACGCCGCCCCCGCGAGGAUCCGGAUCGCCCCACCACCCAUGGCAUCCUCAAGCGGUGAGCCUCGGCCCAUCCUCAAGAAAAAGAGCAGCGCCGAGGAGUUAGAACACUUCGAACCUCGUCCGAUCUUGAAGAAAAAAUCUUCGACCGACGAUGAGCUGGAUGACAGACCCAGAUCCAUCCUGAAGGGUGGUCGCAGCAGAGAGAGGACCUUACCUCAGAGGGCGUCAUCUCGCCCAAUCCUAUCCUUAAGAGGUCGCCUAGAUAUGACAGCGAAGGCGAGGGGGAGUUACGUCCAAUCCUCAAGCGUCGAGACACCACAGACGGCGUGCGUCUGCGGCUUCAUGUGUCCGAUGGGGAAGAUGUAG